GUCUCGGACGAUCAUGACCCGCCGCAAGUCCCUGCGUGGCGCCGCUGCCCCUGCCUCGGAAUCUGAGGCGGGGGAGCCUAUGGAGGAGGAUACGGUGAAUGGGGACGAGGUGCAGGGGGAAGAGACGCCGGAGUUGACGACGGGGAGUGGGGAGGCGACGACGCCGAGGGAGGGCUCGCCGAUGAAUGUGGACGGGCAGAGCCCGGAUGAGGAGCGCGCAGAGAGGGAGCAGCAGCUGUGGGAAGCGUUCAGGGACGAGUACUUCGAGACCAUCGAGCAAAUGCCUCUGCAUCUACAGCGCCAGUUUACCCUGAUGAAGGAGCUGGAGCAGCAAGCUCACUCCUACGAGGAAGACCUUCUCCCCACGCUACGCAAGUAUAUCGCACGGCGACACGAGCUAGCUGGCGUUCCCAGCCCGUCCCCCGUCCCGGUCGAGAUGGCCACAAACUCCCCUCCGAGCGCAAUACCCUCGCGGCUGAGCGAGCAGCCGUCCCAACUUCUCCGACGGUCCAUAUCGCGCCCACCCCUCACCAACGGCGUGUCCACCUCAAGCAUACCCAUCACACCACUGAGGCGGCCCACAUUAGAAGGGUUGUCCACCCCCCGCACGCCUACACCCUUCGGCAUCCCCCCAGAGCGCACGAAGCCCCCGCAGACCACGCGACAGAUGCUCUCGCACCUCGCAUGGUUGUCCGAGGAGAUCGUGCACGCGUCUGAGGAGAAGGUCCACAUCGCGCAGGCUGCGUAUGACUCGGUUGUCAGGCAUAUACGGCUCAUUGACCAAGCUAUCAAGGAGCAGGAAGAAUCCAUCACCCUCGGCGUUCGUCCCGGCACACGUCUUGCGCCUGUGCUGCUACCCGACGCCCCUCAACUUGUUCGCCCUACCUUCCGUGAAUCCAUGAGCCCGGGCGUCGUUCAAGAUCCGCUAGCCCAAGACCUUGAGCUUGAUGGUGCUGAGCCUGCAGAAAAUGAGCAAGAGCAGGACACCGAAGCGGACGCGGAAGGCAGCGCACAACCACAAGACGGGACCGUACAGAAGCCCAAGCCACGCAGGCAUCGCCCGAGACUCAGUAUGCCGAAGAGGAAGAAGAAAGCGGAGCCUGUGCCAGCGCCCAUCCCAGUGGAGGAGCCAGCGACGGUGACGGCGCCCAAGACAACGUCGAGGCCGAAGAAGCUUACUCUGUUGCCCGCAUCGACGGAGUUGGUCGACGAGCCGGUGUACUGUGUGUGCAGAGGGAUCUCUGCUGGGACGAUGGUCGCCUGCGACAGCCCAGAUUGCUCGAAAGAAUGGUUCCACUUGGCGUGCGUGGGCCUCGCCGAGCAACCGGCAGAAGAGGAGCCAUGGUACUGCCCUGCAUGCCGAAUCAGUCCAAACAAUUCUCAAGCACCAAAACCACGGCCACCGCCAAGGCAAAGAAAUAGGAAACGACGCAGAUAGUUCGCGGAAGAUCGACCCUCGGGACUUGUAUGUAUACCUGUUAUUGCAACUCGCCCUUUCCCGGUCGCGAAGCUUGUUCUUGGUGAUAUAGGAUAUUGGUGUACUCGGCAAAACGGUGUCCUCAUAGCGCUCCAUAGCGCUCCACAUCCGGAGAGGGCGAUGAUUUUGUACAGUCUAUUAUGCGGACAUGCGUCGCGAUUGAACACGAUUCGACUGGCGGU